UGUUUUUUCUACUCUUUGGUCUUCGAUCCGGUGCAGAAGACCCUUUUGGCCGAUCAGGGCGAGAUCCGAGUCGGAUGCAAAUACCAAGCGGAAAUCCCGGAUCGACUGGCGGAAGGUGAAUCGGAUAAUCGGAAUCAGCAGAAGAUGGAGAUGAAAGUUUGGGAUCCGGACAAUCCCCUGACGGAUCGGCAGAUCGAUCAGUUCCUGGUGGUGGCACGCGCCGUCGGCACCUUCGCUCGCGCCUUGGAUUGCAGCAGCUCCAUCCGGCAGCCGAGUCUCCACAUGAGCGCCGCCGCCGCUUCCCGGGAUAUCACGCUGUUCCACGCCAUGGAUACGCUCCAACGUAACGGCUACGACCUGGCCAAGGCCAUGGCGACGUUGGUGCCGCAGGGCGGGCCGGUGCUGUGCCGCGAUGAGAUGGAAGAGUGGUCGGCGUCGGAAGCCAUGCUCUUCGAGGAGGCGCUGGAAAAAUACGGGAAGGAUUUCAACGACAUCCGGCAGGAUUUUCUUCCAUGGAAGUCCUUGGCCAGCAUCGUCCAGUUCUACUACAUGUGGAAAACAACCGAUCGCUACAUCCAGCAGAAGCGGCUGAAGGCAGCGGAGGCGGACAGCAAACUGAAGCAAGUCUACAUCCCCACUUACACGAAGCCGAACCCCAAUCAGAUCAUCUCGGUGGGCUCCAAACCGGGCAUGAACGGCGCCGGAUUCCAGAAGGGACUGACGUGCGAGAGCUGCCACACCACCCAGUCUGCCCAGUGGUACGCUUGGGGUCCCCCCAACAUGCAGUGCCGCCUCUGCGCCUCCUGUUGGAUCUAUUGGAAGAAGUAUGGAGGGCUGAAGACCCCCACCCAGUUGGAGGGAGCGGCUCGCAGCGCCUCGGAGCCGCACUCUCGGGGUCACCUCUCGCGCCCCGAAGCUCAGAGCCUCUCGCCCUACACGACGAGCGCGAGCCGCGCCAAGCUCUUGGCCAAGAACCGGCAGACCUUCCUGCUGCAGACCACGCGCCUCACCCGCCUGGCGCGGCGCCUCUGCCGCGACGUCCUGCAGCCGCGCCGGGCCGCGCGGCGCCCCUACGCCCCCAUCAACGCCAACGCCAUCAAGGCCGAGUGCUCCAUCCGCCUGCCCAAGGCGGCCAAGGCUCCUCUCAAGAUCCACCCUCUCACCCGCCUGCCGCUCGCUGCCAUCGUCAAGGAGCUCGCGGCCCAAGCGCCCCUAAAGCCGAAGACGCCGCGGGGAACCAAAACCCCCAUCAACCGGAACCAAUUGAGCCAAAGCCGGGGCCUGGCGGGACUGGUGGGCAAGCGCGGCUACGACGGCGGUGGCGAUGGCCACCGACCCCCCCGAGUGCGGGUCGGGGCGGGGCUGCCGUUCUCGGCCAACGGGCGCCCUCUGGCUGCGGGGCUGCGCGCAGCGCCCCCUCCCGGCACCAAACGGCAGCGGCUCAACCCGGCCGAUGCGCCCAACCCGGUGGUGUUCGUGGCCACUAAGGACACCAGGGCCCUACGAAAGGCGUUGACCCACCUGGAGCUCCGCCGCGCCGCCCGCCGCCCCCACCUCCCCCUCAAGCUGAAAGCGGGGCUCCCCCUGCGCCCUGGGGGGGCCCCUCCCGCACCCCCCCACCCCGCCAGCACCUCCGAGCCCAUCGUCCUGGAGGACUGAGCCCCUCCA